AGUGUCGCUUCCCUCUCUUGAGUGACAUCUUCCCCCCUUCGCUCCCCUCCACCUCUUUCCCCCAUAUUCUGCACGAAGGGGAAAGCAGCGGAUCGAGCCUCUCACUCUCGUCCGCCGUCGACGCCGUAAGCAAGUCACAGCGGAGUCAGUCGCUAGCAGACGGAGCCAACAGCCAGCCCGCAGCCUCGUAGCCCCCCGCGCUGCAUUUUUCAUUUUGCGUGUAUUGCAUACCACCACGCGACGCCCGAUGGCCGACCAAGUGGAUCCCAACGCCGGCGCUGAAGCCCAAGUGCCCUCGUCCUCGCAGUGGUCGGAGCACAAUGCGCCCAACGGCCGCAAGUAUUACUACAAUGCGGUCACGGGCGAGUCCACCUGGGAGCGUCCGGCGGAAUUGACAACCCCGCAGGCAGAAUUGCCGCGUAGUGGUGCACCCCAGCAGCAGCCUCAACAGCAGCAGCCCGCCGCGGGAGGCUUCCAACAGCCUCAGCCACAACUUGGUGGACAGGCUUCUCAAGGUGCCGCGGCCUACGGAGGAUAUCCGCAGCCGUAUGGCCAGCCCAUGCAGUACCCGCCGCCGUACGGAGGCAGCGGCUACAUGUAUCCGUUCCCGCAGGCUUACGGUUACCCGCCGCAGAUUGUGGGCCCGGGCCCUCCGAUCCAGACCACGGAGAGCGGCCAAGGACCUCCUGGAUGCAACCUGUUUGUCUUUCACAUCCCGAACGACAUGACUAACCAGGAUCUCUUCAAUUACUUCGCUACGUUCGGCAACGUGAUUAGCGCUCGCAUUAUGGUGGAGAAGGAGACGGGAAGAAGCCGUGGCUUUGGUUUCGUGAGCUACGACAACGCUCCGUCGGCUGAAGCCGCUAUUAAGGGUAUGAACGGCUUCCAAGUCGGCCGCAAGCGUCUCAAAGUGCAACACAAGAAGGAGAAGAACCAGAGCCCGAUGUUCGGUGACAUGCCUGCCCACAUGGACAACAGUGCCAACGACAUGGCUGCCCAGAGUGGCGGUGCUACGUCGCUGCCCUCGGGCAACUAGAGCGCUCAUCGACAGAAGACACACUACGCUAUCAAUAUUAUGGGGCAUGUUCGGGGGUGGAGAUCUAAAAGGAAACGAGACAAGACGGAAAGGGAAAGUGGAAAGCAGUCGUUUGCGGUCUUGGGAGUGGAGAGAGGCUGGAUCGACGCGAAAAGUGAACAAGAAAACAUAAAAAAAAGAGGAAAGUGUGGAGUACAGCGGAAUUGGUCGGGCAGCAGUCAAGUUAUUCAGGCAGCAAGAAGGAAAAGCAGUCGGUUCUGCUUGCGUUCGUGUUCCCGAAAUUCAUGAAUCCGGUGACGUUUCGCCUUGGUAAGGAGGGAGAAGAAUGUAGGCGCUUGGUACAUACGUAGCGUUAGCAAGCAGACGGCGUAGCCGACCUCGUAAAAGCAAAGACCUGUCGGGCCGCUUCCGCUCAUUGUCGAUUCCUUCUCCAUUGUCGAUACAUAGAUUGAGAUUUGAUGCCAGCUUCAACAACGUAGAUCCAUAACUUCAAGCCACACAUGGAUUUCAAAGCGUCA